AUGGCUCCUUCCUCGACCCUGCCCGACCAUGCCUACGAUACUCUGAAGUUCUCGCCCCGGUCGCCUAUACACGAGGAGGAUGAGGAUUGGGACAAGACCGUAACGUCUGGCGAGCUGGAUCCGCAGAAAGCCCAAUACAUAGCCCAUUCCCGGGAGUCGUCGUUAGAAAAGCUGCAGGCUGGCGCACAACCCGCCAUCUCCCCGUCGCAAUCGCUGUCCCACCAGCAACACCACCAACAACCGCAUUCCCAACAGCAUUCACCCUCCUCUGCACCACGCGCACAAGCAGCUGCAUCUUCUCGCUCGGCCCUCGGCAGCGUAUUCGACCGAAUUAUUGACUCGAGGGGUACCUAUGGACAUCACAGACAGACCUCUAUCGUGCAUGGAAUACAACACUCGAGGAAUGGAAGUCUAGCCAGCUCCUCGUCCAGCCCUCUGAGCCCCCAGAUUAUCGCCGCGGCCGGGACUGGGCUCACGCCAGAACGAGCUGAGAUGCACCCUUAUGGAGACACAGCUCUCGGUUCACGCCCUUCUACUGCCAUGUCAGGCGCGACAUUGACUGCCGGGCCUCAUAUACCAGAGCGGACUUCGUCCGCGAUAGACAUAAGCGCCACGCAGAGAAAGGUGGAAAGAAUGCAUAGCGGCAAGAGCAAGCGCGACCACGCGCAUCACCAUUCACACUCCAGGCACCACAGAGAUGAGCAAAAGACAGUUGGGGAGUAUGCCCUGCAUGUGUUGUUUACCUCGUUUAUUGGCCAAGCCGAGGAGAAGCUGAACGAAUCUAUAACGGUGCCUUUCGAGCCCGAACCUCAAAUUGAGCAAAUAUGUGGCCCGGGCGUAGAUCCCGCCUUCGACCAGAGCAUAGUGGCUCUUGGUCAUAUCGCCAGUCCGAAACCGAAGGCGCUCAUCGAUUCAAUGAUGCUAUGGAGGAAGAGCAAAAGCGACGCUGCAAAUGAAGCGCGCUCGGCUUACAAAGGGCAGACCCUUUCCGGCCCUCUACAGAGGAGGAACACGGAGCCAGUGCAGCCCAACGGGAAUGGUAUGGCGGACCCUCUGCAGCAAAAUGGUCAAUCAUCUGUUGCGUCGAGACAGGAAUUCGUAGCUCAAGCUGAACGGCGGUCGCUCGUCUCCAUCUACAUUCUGUGCCGAGUCUUACUCGAGGUCAUCGGCCAGAGCACCCUCUCAUCCAUCACACCUGAGAUGGAGGAUAAGUUGGAAGGCAUUAUCUUCAGCCAACUCAAGAUCGCCGACACAGAACAAUUGAUGUUCUCGCCACUGAAAUUGGCAAAUUGGAACCUCUUUGCGCAACUUCUCGGGGUCAUGAGCGAUAUCAAUUUUACAGGCGUCACCGAGCGCUUCAUUGCCGAUCUCGACCGCUCACUCCAAGAACAUGGGGUCCUCAAGAGCCCCAUAUCUGCAAGUCGGGAUGCCACAGAGGGAAAGAUCGAGCUAGUCCUCGGCGGAAUGAAGCAUCUCAGACUAAAGGUCAGCAAUCCUGGAUCCUGGGACCAGACAUGCAAUUUCAUGAUCGCGCUGGGCAGGCUCUUCGGCCGAUCACACGGUCAAAAGGUCAAGUCUGCGUUUUGUCAAAUGCUGGAGAUGCUCUUACUUCCUAUCGCUGCUACGGCCAACAACAGCGACUUCAGUCACCCGAAGUGGGCUGAAGUCCUCAGCAACAUCAGCCCUCGACUGGGGCAGAUAUUUGUCAAGCCACGCCACUGGACAUUUGCCUUUCCUUUGACGGCUACCAUGCUCUGCGUGUCGCCCCCCGAGACCUUUUCAUCACAAUGGCUCCAGCUCGUGUUAUCAUUACAGACAAAGCUGAAGGAUCGCUACGCCAGGCCGGUAUGCCUGCAGGUUCUAUCACGUCUCGUCUGGACGUAUCUGAUGCGGACCACUGACACCGCAGCCGGCACAAUCAGGAAGCUCGAUGAAGUUCUGAAGCUAGUCUUGCCCCCAGGAAGACGCCCCGUGCUUGCUAGUGACACUUCCGUUGCGGACCCCCUCAUACAGAUCAUCCGAAUAAUCGGAUUCAAGCAGCCUGAAUACUGCUUCAAAAACCUCAUUUUCCCUCUCGUCAGCGCUGACCAGUUCAAUUCCAACAAGGACUUGAAGAUUGAAAAUCUCGAUCCGGACAAAAUAGUCAUCGGUAUUAGAUCCUUUUUGGUUGUCAUAUCAGAUCUGGAAAGGGGAGAGGAAGGCCGGCCGCCAUUUCCUCAGUACUAUCCGGCCCCGACGCCGCCACCGGAUCGUUUGCCUACUUCACCGAUCAUUUCCUCCCCAAGGGAUGAUUCUAUGUCCAGCCCGGCUGCGACGUCUCCUGGUGGAGAAGCCCAGACAAGUCCGGUUUUGAGCCACUUGCUGAAUGACGCGGUGCGAGAAUAUUAUGCCAAAUUUUGUGAGAUUCUAGGCAAGAUCACGAUGAUCUGCGACAAUACAUUCGGUGGCCAGGCUGCACUGGAGGAGAAGUUCAGCAGUCCUGGUCCAAAGACUCCGAUUUCAGAGACUUUCAACUUUCGCCGCGAUGAUCACCAGAGCCCUCAAGAUCAGAAGCAGGCAUUCUACGAACUCCUUCAUGUUGCUGUGCAAGCCCUGCCACGCUGCCUGUCUGCCGAUAUCCCUUUCAAUUCACUUAUCAACCUGCUCUGUACAGGGACGGCCCAUCUGCAGUACAGCAUUGCCGAGUCAUCGGCCCAGUCUCUGAAGGCCAUCGCACGGCAGUCUUAUGCACAACCCGUGGCUACUGGGUUUUCCCGUUUCAUCUUCAAUUUUGACGAUAGGUACUCAACCAUGUCAGAUGGCGGAAUGCUGGGCCCUGGUCAUGUCGAGAACACCCUAAGGCUCUACGUUGAACUACUUCAAAUCUGGAUUGAAGAGAUCAAGCGAAAACAGAGGCACGCUGUCACGGAGGCUGGUGAGAGCAGUGCUGCUGACAAAAGAGGCAUGCAGUUGGACAUAUCCAGUAUCUGGGCCGAGGUUGAUCAGAUCGAAGCGCACGGCUUGUUCUUCCUGUGCUCGCAGUCCCGUACUGUACGCUUUUUCGCAAUCACGGUCCUGCGGCUAAUCACUGAAUUCGACACGGCACUUGGCAAGUCGACAAGCCCAGAGAAGGACACGUUGAGACUGAUCGACAUUCUUGAAAAUGACUCCGUGCAAGUUAUGAACUUCAAGGAUGACCAGCUGUCGGUAGCCGAACGAAGUCGUAUACAGAGAGGGAUGCAAGACGGCAACAAUCAGAGCGCACUUGUCGAGCUCUGUACAAGCGACGUUUCUUACGAUACAACGCUCUGGUUCAAACUUUUUCCCAAUUUGAUCCGGCUCGCGUACGAGAAAUGCCCUUUCACUGUCACUAUUGGGCGUGACCUCAUCUGCAAUCGCAUCCUCCAGAUGUACAAAACAAUUACACUCCUCUCUGAGCCCUCCCGGGGUCUUUACUAUGGGUCAGACCCAGGGAGUGCUCGUUUUGUCGGACGCACACCCACAGUGCAACCGGAUGUCUUGAUCGAGCAAUGGAAACUGUUCCUAGUUUUUGCUUGUACGACGCUCGCGGACCCCGGGAACCCGCAAUCUAAUCCACUGCAUGGGAACCAGCACCUGCGCAAGGGCUCGUUGGCUUCGUCGACCGAUAAGAUUGUGUCGGCGAGGACUCUCUUCAAGUAUCUCAACCCACUCCUCUCCGUCUCGUCUGCAUCUGUCAGGGAAGCUGUGGUCACUGCGAUGGGUUCUAUCAACAUCUACAUAUAUCGUACCCUUCUUGAGGAACUGCAGGGUUAUGCCUCCAGGUGUAAUGACGAGGCGAGAGCUCGUAUCCAUCAGCGGACGAACAGCAGUCCGCGCCGAAAUCGUAAGAUGGACUUAUUGAGGACCGAGAUUACCCAUGUCUAUAAGCUCACAUCGCACUUCCUGAAACAACCCGAGGUAUAUCAAGACGAAUGGAUACUCAACAACCUCGUCUCGUACGCAAAAGAUUUGAAGCUGUUCCUAAUGGACGGCGAAGUGCAAAUGGACUGGGAGUUUCAAAAAUUAAGGCGACACUACUGCGGGCUGAUGGAGGAGCUCUUUGAGGGCAUCAAUCGAACGAGUGACCCAUCGAGAUGGAUGACAUUUGAAGCCCGCAAGUCAGCUUUUGCGUUGAUGGAGGAGUGGUGUGGAUUCUCGCCCAACCAAUCUCAGAUCCGUCAGAGAGAAGAUACUAUGAGACAGUCGAUGAUUGAUCAACAGAACCUUGGUGAGAGGAAUACAGCAUCGGCUGCGAUGGAAAUCGAAAAGCGCAAUCUCAGGACAUCUGCCCUGAGUGCUAUGGCUGCGCUUUGUGCAGGCCCCAUCAGUGUCACAACUGAAAGCGGUGCGUCCUUGCAAUUUGACGUGCGGCGAAUGCUGGCGUGGCUGGAAACAAUCUUCAGCAACGGCAAUGACCGGAUGAAGUUGAUCGGAAGACGAGCGCUGAAGAAUUUGAUCGUUUACAACCAGGAGUUUCCCUACCUUCUGGAGCACUGCAUUUUACGAUGCUAUCUUACCGACAUCCCCAAGGUCCUCGAAAGUUAUUUCACUGUGGUCACCGAGGUCCUUCAUGAGUACCCCGACUAUCCUUCUCCCUUUUGGAAGCUGUUGGGACUAUGCCUGUUCACCUUGGGCAAUGAUCAGAGCGAUAUCAGAACCAAGUCUGCGCAGGUCCUUCAUGCUAUCGAGGAACGACAUCUACACGCCAAGACAUCCAAGAUCCAGGAUUUUGAUAUCAGCAUCUCUGAUAAGACGAAGGCAGUAUACAAACUGGCUCAAUACAAAAUUUCGGAGAGGCUCUCAAAGCAGCACACGGACCUGGCUUUCUAUAUCUUCUCCGAAUUCACCCUCUAUUUCAAGGACCUACAGCCCGUCAACCAGAGGAGCGUCAUCGCUGUGAUACUACCCUGGAUCCAGUCAGUGGAACUGAAAGUGGACCCAAAUGGUGGACCAACUGGUCAGUCUUAUGUUCUGCUGGCGAACUUGUUGGAGAUCACGAUCAAGUCAAGCGCCGCGCUCCACAACGAGGUGCAAGCUCUUUGGCAAGCGCUCGCGGCGGGCCCCUACCCUGGAAACGUGCGGCUCGUGCUCGACUUCAUCAUGCAAUUGUGUCUUGAGCGGCGAGAGCAGAAUUUUGUUGAAUACGCCAAGCAGAUUGUAGUGUUCCUUGCGAGCACUAACAGCAACCCUGGCCACAAAGUCGUUGAGUUCCUACUGCUUCAGAUCACGCCGAAAGCAAUGGUACCGAAUGAGAAGCGGGAAACGGCGCCACCGCCGUCAGACGUCAACCAUUUCCCUUACUGUGCUGACUUGACCGACGCUCUCCCGGUUGGUACCAAGCAAGCCGGAUUUUCUCUGGGGCAGCUCUCUCUGAUAUUGCUCGUGGAUCUUAUGGUGUCCCCCGUCAACCUGCAAAAGGAGAGUAUACCAAUAUUACUGCAAGUGGUCACUGUUCUAUGGGAUCACUACACGCCUCUGGUUCAAGAACAAGCCCGGGAGAUGCUCGUGCAUCUGAUACACGAACUGGUCAUUUCGAAGCUCGACGAUGAUUCUCCAGAAGAAGUGAAGAAGCCUAUUGAGGACCUCAUUGAGUUGAUACGACGGCAUGAUCGCUCCGUUGUUUGGGGAUACGAAGAUAGCAAUGGCAAGGUCAAUGAUCACGACACCAAGGUUCCUCCCAGCAUGGAGUCUCUUACUAAAAGGAUUGUGGAGACAUUCGAGAUCACUUUCGCAGGGAUUAAGGAGCAAUGGAGUCGACUAUCUCUGACAUGGGCCACAACUUGUCCUGUCCGCCAUUUGGCUUGCCGCUCUUUCCAGAUUUUCCGCUGCAUACUGACCUCGCUGGAUCAGUACAUGUUGGGCGACAUGCUCGCUCGGCUGUCAAACACAGUUGCUGACGAGGACGCCGAAAUCCAAUCUUUCGCCAUGGAGAUCUUAACGACUUUGAAGACCCUUAUUGCCAAGCUUGAAGCGGAGAAGUUGAUCACAUUUCCCCAGCUGUUUUGGACAACCUGUGCAUGCAUGGAGUCUAUCAACGAACGCGAGUAUCUUGAAUCCGUGGAAAUGCUCAACGAAUUCAUGGACAAGGUUGAUCUUCAACAAGCAAGCACCCGGCGAUUGCUCAUGGACGGGCAGCCAUCGAAAUGGGAGGGUGCAUUCGAAGGACUGCAGCCGCUGCUGUACAAGGGCCUCCGUUCUUCUGUAUGCCUCGAAACGACCCUAAAGACCAUGAGCAGGGUCGUCACGCUACCAGCCGAUCCCUUAAUCGGAGAUGACAAUCGUAUCUUCUUCGCCAUUGUCGCCAAUUUCCCUCGCUUCGUCCAUGCGUUGGAGCAAGGCGAGCCAAGCGGUGAUGUGGCACAGACUGCCGAGACCCUUCUCCAAGUUGCGGUAACACAGGGUCUUUCGACGGUGGCUCUGGUUCUCAACGACUAUCUCUCGCCACACCAUGACACGCCCAAAGAUUUCGUGACACGAAUGUUUGCGGCUCUGAAGGAGACUUUUCUACCAAAGCUGGAUUUCGCGUUGGUCACAACUCUAAUGGGAAUGCUUACGAACAAAUUGGGCUGGGUCAAGACCAGCACUAUGCGAAUUUUGCGGGUCGUCAUUCCCGAGAUUGACCUGAGAAAACCUGAAAUGGCGGGUCAUGGUUCGGAUCUCAUCUCCCCUCUUCUGAGGCUACUCCAAACCGAAUUUUGCAUGGAGGCGCUUGAUGUCUUGGAUAACAUUAUGACGAUGUCUGGGUCUUCGAUGGACAAGCAUCAUUUGCGGAUGAGCAUGACGCGUCCCACGUCCAAAGCGGUCCGCAAAGAGUACGAGAGAGCGCAGAGUUUGUUUGGUAUACCGGAAGACUCUGGAUGGGCGAUCCCAGUUCCUGCCAAGAAGACAGAUUCGACGCGGGCAAAUAUUCAUGCCUCUUUCUACAUGUGCCAGAGCGUCGAAGGCAUCAUCAUCGAAUCGGCACCGACCCCAGAUGUGGAGUUCCACGCAGAUGAGUUCCCAUAUGGAUACUUCCCAAAUCCAGAUAGGACUGACACGAUGAUGUCGGACGAGGCCCGUGGAGAAGUUGGUCCCGCGGACCUGGCGUCUAAGCUGGACAGUCUUGACGACUUCUUCGAUGAUCUGUCCACUAGCCCACCAAGCGACGGGCGAUCCUCUCGGACAAUCACAGAGUACACGCCAGAUACCUUUUCAGAAUCUGGAGCACAACUUUAUGACGAACAAGUUCUACCCAUCCUGAGCGCGGCUGGGAGCAACGCAUCCUUCCAGAAUGGGUUCGCUGAAAGGCCAGCGCGUGAUGGCAGCAACAAGAAUCCGGGUGCAUUUGCGACGGCCGCGAGCCGGCCUGGCCUCCACUCGCGUUCCGUGACCUCGCCAUCGGCGCCGGCAUCUUAUCUGCCGCAUUUCACUUCAGACGAUGAGCUCUUCUCUGACAUGGAAGAUAGCGGGCAUCUUCCGGAGCAAGACGAAGGAUCGUUCUUCCUCGAGAACAUGGUGAAGCGCCCUGCGCAGCAGGCUCGAUCUCGCUUGACAGGCAGUCGGUCUCGGGAAAAUCUACCACAGUGGUCGCAUCCCAAUUUUGGCCCUGGAUCGAUCCCAAAGAUGCCGAAUACAUUUGUUCAGAACUCGCCCCAGAGUGAUAUGCUAUGA